AUGACCCGCAUCUCAGUCCCCACAACAGCGCGUCUACCAUCGGCAUUGCGCGUCGACCCGACCAACCCGACAGCGACCAAGAUCCUCGGCCGCCUAUCGCGUUCAUCUCUUAUCUCAGUUGCCCUCGAUUGGCUGGAUGAGAACAACCUGCCUCUGGCUUUGCCUUACCUGCGCGAGAACAGAGGCGAGUACGAGGACGAGGAUGAGGACGAAGAUGAGGACCAUGACACCGGCGACUUCCACCCCCCAGCCCGCUCCCUGGAAGCUCUCCGGGAACUCUAUACCUCUUUGCAGGCCCGCAAAGGAUCAAAACGGGAGGUUCUAGACCGCAUCAUCGAGGGUGACUGGCGCCACGGCUUGACUCUCUACCAGUUGGCCAUGGCCGACCUACAGUACCUCUACGACCACCCGACAUCCCAAAAGUGGUCCGCCUACCGCAUCGCCCCGCUGAAACCGCCCCGCGACCCAGACGGCGAGGAGCCGUCCGAGGUCGACGACAAGUCCCUCACCAUCCCGCGCUUUCACCCCUCCACCUUCCUCCGCACCCUCCAAUCCCACGUCCUGCCCGACGUAAAAGCCCACUACAACUUCGACACCCACAAGACCCUCCCCCUCCUCAUCCUCCGCAUCUUCAUCCUCGACUCCCCCUACAACACCGAGCACGCCCUAAAAACCACCACCACCGCUUUCAACGCCUCCCGCACAGUCUACAUCGCCUUUCCCGACGCCUCCCCCCACCUCUUCCUCUCCAAACCCACCACCACCACCACUACCACCCCCUCCCUCAACCCUCCCAACCCCAACCCCAACCCCAACACCCCCCUAGGCGAGACCAAAUCCCUACACCACCUCCUCCUCGCCGGCCUCCCCAAAGCCCUAUCCAACCCGCUAUGGGGAGAAUUUACUGGCUGCUACCCACCAGAAUUGGAUACGCGCAACCUGGCCGAUCUGGUGGCGAGGCGGCGCGGGGGGAGGACGAAAGUCCCGGGGGGUGGGUGGAGUGUCUAUGCGGAUGAGGGGAAAGGGGUGGUGGGGAGGGAGAUCAUGAACAGGCAAGCCAUAGUUGCAGGGCGCAACCCAAGCUUUUUCUCGAUCGCCUCUCCACGCAUCUGCAAGGUUCUAGCCUCAGAUGCAGUGAUCCGGUCCCAAUUUUGA